GGAAAACAAGAGAAACAGCCAGUACAGCAGAGAGGAGUGUGUGCCCAGCGGUCCAGGUCCCUGCGGAGCUAGCAGCUGAGACCCCAGUGCCUUGCCCACCCCUCAGCCCUGCAUCAGCCUGCCACCUCCCCACGGAGGCCAUGGGCCCAGGGGCUCUGCUGGUCCUGCUGGGGGCCACAACUUGGCACGUUCAAGGAGUCCCAGUGAUAGAACCCAGGGGCCCUGAGCUCGUCGUGGAGCCAGGCACAACGGUGACCCUGCGAUGUGUGGGCGACGGCAGCGUGGAAUGGGAUGGCCCCAUCUUUCCCCAUUGGAACCUGGACACUGAUGGCCCCAGCAGCAUCCUGACCACAAAUAAUGCCACCUUCCUAAACACGGGGACCUAUCGCUGCACUGAACCUGGAAGCCCCCUGGGGGGCAGUGCCACCAUCCACCUCUAUGUCAAAGACCCUGUUCGGCCCUGGAAGGUGCUGGCCCAGGAAGUGACAGUGAUGGAGGGCCAGGACGCACUGCUGCCCUGCCUGCUCACCGACCCCACGUUGGAGGCAGGCGUCUCGCUAAGGCGGGUGCGCGGCCGGCCCGUCAUGCGCCAAACCAACUAUUCCUUCUCGCCCUGGUAUGGCUUCACCAUCCACAAGGCACAGUUCACUGAGACCCACGGCUACCAAUGCAGUGCUCGAGUGGGUGGCAGCAUGGUAACAUCCACGAACAUCUGGCUCAAAGUGCAGAAAGUCAUCCCAGGGCCCCCGACCUUGACGCUGGAGCCUGCAGAGCUGGUACGGAUUCAGGGAGAGACUGCCAAGAUCGUGUGCUCAGCCAGGAAUGUUGACGUUAACUUUGAAGUCUUCCUCCAACACGGAGAAACCAAGCUCACAAUCCCUCAACAAUCCGACUUCCAAGGUAACCAGUACCAAAAAGUCCUGGCCCUCGAGCUCGAUCACGUAGGCUUCCAAGACGCCGGCAACUACUCUUGCGUGGCCACCAAUGUCCGAGGCAUCAGCUCCACCUCCAUGGUCUUCCGGGUGGUAGAGAGUGCCUACUUGAACUUGACCUCUGAACAGAACCUCCUCCAGGAGGUGACCGUGGGUGAGAAGGUCGAUCUCCAAGUCAAGGUGGAGGCCUACCCGGGCCUGCAAGGUUUUAACUGGACCUACCUGGGACCUUUCUCUGACCACCAGCCCAAGCUCAAUUUUGUCAUGUUGAAGGACACAUACAGGUACACCUCUAUCCUCUCCCUGCCUCGCCUGAAGCCCUCGGAGGCCGGUCGCUACUCCUUCCUGGCCAGAAACACUGAAGGCGAGCAUUCUCUGACCUUUGAGCUCACGCUGCUCUACCCCCCAGAGGUAAGGGUCACGUGGACCGUCAUCAAUGGCUCUGACGCACUGCUCUGUGAGGCCUCCGGGUACCCCCAGCCCAAUGUGACAUGGCUGGAGUGCAGGAGCCACACGGAUAGGUGUGAUGAGGCCCAAGGGCUCGUCCUAGAGGACUCACACGCGGAGGUGCUGAGCCGGGAGCCCUUCCACAAGGUGAUCGUCCGUAGCCUGCUGACCAUGGGGACCUUGGAGCACAACCGGACUUACGAGUGCCGGGCUCUCAACAGCAUGGGGAACAGCUCCCAGGCCUUCAGGCCCAUCUCUAUAGGAGCCCACACGCAGCUCCCCGACGAGCCGCUCUUCACGCCCGUGUUGGUCACCUGCAUGUCCAUCACGGCCUUGUUGCUGCUAUUGCUCAUGCUGCUUCUCUACAAGUACAAGCAGAAGCCCAAGUACCAGGUGCGCUGGAAGAUCAUCGAGAGCUACGAGGGCAACAGCUACACCUUCAUUGACCCCACCCAGCUGCCCUACAACGAGAAGUGGGAGUUCCCCCGAAACAACCUGCAGUUCGGGAAGACUCUCGGAGCCGGUGCCUUUGGGAAGGUGGUAGAGGCCACAGCCUUUGGUCUGGGCAAGGAAGAUGCUGUUCUGAAGGUGGCUGUGAAGAUGCUGAAGUCCACGGCUCACGCGGACGAGAAGGAGGCCCUCAUGUCGGAACUGAAGAUCAUGAGUCACCUAGGCCAACACGAAAACAUAGUCAACCUUCUGGGAGCCUGCACCCAUGGAGGCCCUGUUCUGGUCAUCACCGAGUACUGUUGCUAUGGCGACCUGCUCAACUUUCUGCGAAGGAAGGCCGAGGCCAUGCUGGGACCCAGCCUGAGUGUGGGCCAGGACCCCCAGGCAGGUGCUGGCUACAAGAACAUCCACCUGGAGAAGAAAUAUGUCCGCAGGGACAGCGGCUUCUCCAGCCAGGGUGUAGACAUCUAUGUGGAGAUGAGGCCUGUCUCUACUUCUUCUUCAAACGACUCCUUCUCUGAACAAGACCUGGACAAGGAGGAUGGGCGACCACUGGAGUUGCGGGACCUGCUCCACUUCUCGAGCCAGGUGGCCCAGGGCAUGGCAUUCCUUGCUUCCAAGAAUUGCAUACACCGGGACGUGGCAGCACGAAACGUCCUGCUGACCAGUGGGCGUGUGGCCAAGAUCGGGGACUUUGGGCUGGCCAGGGACAUCAUGAAUGACUCCAACUACAUCGUCAAGGGCAAUGCCCGCCUGCCCGUGAAGUGGAUGGCUCCAGAGAGCAUCUUCGACUGUGUCUACACGGUUCAGAGUGACGUCUGGUCCUACGGCAUCCUGCUCUGGGAAAUCUUCUCACUCGGGCUGAACCCCUACCCUGGCAUCCUGGUGAACAGCAAGUUCUAUAAACUGGUGAAGGAUGGAUACCAAAUGGCCCAGCCUGCAUUUGCCCCAAAGAACAUAUACAGCAUCAUGCAGGCCUGCUGGGCCCUGGAGCCCACCCGCAGACCCACCUUCCAGCAGAUUUGCUCCUUCCUCCAGGAGCGGGCCCAAGUGGACAGGAGAGAGCCGGACUACACCAACUUGCCAAGCAGCAGCGGCGGCGGAGGCAGUGGCAGUGAGCCAGAGGAGAGCUCCAGCGAGCACCUGGCCUGCUGUGAGCAGGGGGAUAUCGCCCAGCCCCUGCUGCAGCCCAACAACUACCAGUUCUGCUGA